CAUUUCUUCACUAUGGAUGCGAAAUAGCCGGAGGGCACAGCAAAUACCUUUGGUAAAUCUUAUGGACCACAAAGCUCAAAAUAUAGGAGGUCCCGAAGAUACAUGGAAUCAGAAUAAGCUUCUCCAAAGGAUAACAUAACGGCAGAGAGUUACAGUUCAUUAUAAUGGCAUUUUUUAUUUUCUGAAUACAUCUCAAAGCAGCAGAGCAAGUUCACUCAGGACAGACAACCCAUAUGGUUGCAUCGUUCAAGUGUUCUGCCACUUAAAGCUGAAUUCAAGGAGUCUUCCUGUUUGGACGGCUGCCAGCACAUUCCUUCUUAUUGCAGCGUAUCCAAUGCAAACCGAUUCUAAAGGAGAACUUUUUCUGUGGAGUUCCUGCAAGCAUAAUCUGGACUACCACAAAUGCCAAUACGUUCACCUAGAAACUGAGCAAAACGGGCGACAUCUGGGUACCAAACACAACCCGUUCGUAAUUCAGUGGAAUAAUUUACUGUAGCCCAAACGAGCUACCUUUUGGGGAUAAUUGUAUCAGUCCGACAAAUUCGUUUUUGCGAUAUACACGUUAAUGCCCGAGCCGCAGCACCAGAACACUGAAUUAAACAUAUACAUAUAUAUAUGUAUAUACAGAAUCACUCCAACCACUUUAAGACAGCGAAUCUGGAUUCUCUGAUAAUAUAUUAAGCAAACCGAAGCCAGAUCCCCAUAACUAACUCGACUGUUUACAGUCGCUGGAUUUAAUAUUACAACCGGCAUUGUGCAACUAUAACUUAAGUUUCGGAGGUCAAUUUCUAAUACUAUCAGUUCUGCAAAUUAUUUUCCUAGCGAUAUCGACGGAGUACUGCUGCUUUCUUCAGGGCAGUGGAAUGUGGUAGGACAGUAGAACCUUGCCAGGCAGUACUUCCCGAGGGGAUGCAGGCUUUCGCUUAAAUCCACCACUCUGCCACCUUACCUGCGUAGUUACACUAACAAACCCAUAAAAAUAAAAAUCCAGACGUUUUGUGCAAAUUUCACUGUUUUAAAUCAGGAAUAAAGCAACAUAAACCACGGCACGUGUUUCUGAUCUUGGAAUACGUGCUGAGAAAUACUUGCAGUUGGUGUUUUGAAGGAGUUAAUCUUCACCGAGAAGCCCACAGUUCGGGCUACAUAAGCUCUUCGAUGGAAAUACAUUGCAAGCACGACCCAUUUGCAGCAAUGCAUAGACACGGAGGGGUGAACCAGCUGGGAGGAGUAUUUGUCAACGGUCGGCCACUACCCGACGUCGUGCGGCAGCGCAUUGUGGAACUGGCUCACCAGGGCGUUCGGCCUUGCGAUAUCUCUAGGCAACUACGGGUCAGCCACGGCUGCGUCAGCAAGAUACUGGGCAGGUAUUAUGAAACCGGGAGUAUUAAACCUGGUGUGAUUGGAGGGUCCAAACCAAAGGUUGCUACACCCAAAGUUGUCGACAAAAUUGCUGAAUAUAAACGCCAAAAUCCUACCAUGUUUGCCUGGGAGAUAAGGGACCGACUUUUGGCUGAAAGAGUGUGUGAUAAUGACACUGUCCCCAGUGUCAGUUCCAUAAACAGGAUUAUUCGGACUAAAGUACAGCAACCUCCAAAUCAGCAAGUCCCUUCCUCAAGUCAUAACAUAGCCUCUACAGGGUCAGUGACUCAGGUGUCUUCAGUGAACAGUGACCCUGCGGGCUCUUCUUACUCCAUCAGUGGAAUUCUGGGAAUCACUUCCUCUAACACUGAUACCAGCAACAAACGCAAGCGGGACGAAGGUGUUCAGGACUCUCCUAUUCCAAAUGGACAUUCCCUUCCUGGCAGGGAUUUCCUGAGGAAGCAGAUGCGGGGAGAUAUUUUUACACAGCAGCAGUUAGAAGUUUUGGAUCGUGUCUUUGAUAGACAGCACUAUUCAGACAUCUUCAGCACUACAGAGCCCAUCAAGCCUGAGCAGACAACAGAAUAUUCUGCUAUGGCAUCGUUAUCAGGUGGCCUGGAUGAUAUGAAAUCUAAUCUUGCAAACCCUACUGCAGCAGAUUUGGGAGCCAGUGUUCCUGGACCACAGCCAUAUCCAAUUGUAACAGGUCGUGAUUUGGCAAGCACAACCCUCCCCGGAUACCCUCCGCACGUCCCCCCUGCUGGACAGGGCAGCUACUCUGCUCCAACGCUGACAGGAAUGGUGCCUGGUGGAGACUUUUCUGGAAGUCCUUAUAGCCACCCACAAUAUUCAACUUAUAAUGAAUCCUGGAGAUUUCCCAAUCCUGGGCUACUAGGCUCUCCGUAUUAUUAUAGUGCGGCUGCAAGAGGAGCAGCACCUACAGCAGCAGCCACUGCUUAUGAUCGCCACUGACUACAAGCACUUAAUAAACAUGGCACCUGAGACAAACUUAUGUGAAUCACACAGACUAAGACUAUCUCUUCUUUCUACUUGGUGAAUAAAUCAACAGUUAUCAUUGAACAUUGUAUGCUGGCCUUUACAGAUUAUUUUGGAGUUUGUCAGUGCCAAUUCAAAAUCUGCCAGCAUGAAUCAAUAUUCUUUCAACAUUCCAAAUACAUCUGCAAAUAGUUGUUCUGAAGGAAAUCAGGGACCAUUUGGUCAGCUAUUACAGGUUCUCUCACUUGGACUGAACAUUUUUUAUUAUUUGGAAGAUUUUGCAGAACAAAAAUGGCAUUAUACUUAGGUUAUGUGAUUAGGCUCAUUUAUGUUUUUGAAUAAAAAAAUAAUAUUUGCUUAACUUAUACUAGACCAGUGUAUAUAACAUGUAUUUGUAUGUCAUUAGGACAGUUGCUUACUAUGGUUACAUCACACAAUCAAUUUAUUCCAAAUGUAUUUUGGAACUGAUGCACUGAUUAAAGGUAUUUGGUAAGCUUUAACCAACUUUAAACCAGGUUAACAGCCAUUAUGGCUGUAUGCUAUGGACUUACAGACUCUUUCCAAAUGUGCAACAGACAACAUUCUUUUUUGUAGUUUUGUGAAGGUGCCACAAGAUGCCAAGAAAUGUCAGUCAGAUAUUUUGAACAGCAUGAGGUAUUCUAGCUUCAUGGAAGAGUAACACCUAAUUUCCAUUGAAAUGGCUGUAGAAAUCUGUUUUACAAUUGCAAAUGAAACAAUGGAAAGGAAAUUGCUGAUGUCACCAGUAAAUAUAACGUGUGCCUAUAUUAACUUGUUAAAAGAAUAUUAGCUUUCCUUAAAUGUGACAGCUAUUAUUGCAAGGGGAGAUAUUGUGUUAGAAACUUCUGCCUUGUAUUGUCUUGCAAGUACUUGGGGUGAAACAUGGACUACAUAUCACACCCACUAUACACAGCAGCUACAGUCUGCACAACAGAAGUACAGUCCUUUGCUCAAUGUGCUCCUUCCAAGGCCAGCUUUACGUAGUUCUGAUAUAUAAGAAUACUCCACACAAAUCUUUUCUUAAAUAAGUUUAAACAAGCUGGAUGCAUAAAGACAUGGGCAAAAUUAGGGUGCACAGAUUUUUUUUUUUUAGCAGUAGGGAGAGUCACUGGCCUCUCUGCCCCAUGGCUAGUGCAGAAUGUGAUGGUAUCUUUAACAAAAGCAUUAUUCUGUGCAUUAUCAGAUGAUUAUGACCAGUACCGACCAGACAGAUUUUUUUCUGGUGGUGGGAAUUGAAAUGAAAUAUAUUUUCAAUACAGUGAUGCAAAGUAUAUACUUAUGAUCAUAAAUUUGAGGUGUACUGUAUUCUGCAAAUUUUAACUGCAAAUUAUUAUAUUCUUCAUUAAUGCAAAGCUAGUAAAUAUUUCAUGUCAAACAAUCAGGAGCAUUUGGGUAUUGUUUUUGUACCUGCUACUAGAGUGUGUUAAAUUCUUACUAAAGCUGGUUUGCAUUUUGCCAUUCAGAAUGUGGUUGGAUAGUCAUUCAUUAGUAUUAUAUCACUGAGUUUAUCUGAAAGGCAAGUAAUGUAAAAUACAGCAUAGAUUUUUCAUAGUUCCCUGAUUCUCUUUGCCUCAGUUUUUGAUCUUUGAAGAACCAUACCUGUAAGUUCAUCAAAAUAACCCUGCAUCCUUAGUGCCACCCUCUUGGUAUAAGUUAUGUGUGAACCUGCACUUUUACUUUCGUGCUCCUAAUCACUAUCAGUCACAAUUUCCCAGUGUUUCUCUUCCAUCAGUGCAGGAGCCUAGUACUUAUGUCACUUCCUAUCUCAUACACUUUGCCAACUGUGUCUGGCAGUUGGUGCGAAGAGUUAAGGCUGUGAGCUGCAGUUCCUGCGGUACAGGGUUGGAUUCUGUCAGCCCUUAUUUGCCUAAUGUGUGACCUUGGAUAAAAUCACUUCGUCAGAUAGUGCUUGGGUAAGCUCCUCAAUUCUCCCCUGGACUGCACGCCCUAGUAACUACCUAUGUACUUAGUUCAGGAUAAUUCCUUUAGGUGACACCAUGGGACCAGCUCUAAAUGAAGAGAUCAUUUCCAUCUAUGUCUUGAGUGUGCCAUGAGGUUCUGUUUGUCACACAUUUUUACUUCAUACUGCCUCACCCAGUCUCAUUCCAGUUAUUUUGGUCCUGCAGCCCCCUACAUAUUUAGUGGUACACUUCAGCUAGCGACAAGAAGAUAUUCCACUAAACAAAAUAAAAACAGUGGGCAGUAUAGCAUGCAUCAUUCAAACUAGUGGUCUGACCACUGAGCAUCAUCUUUAUACUAAUUCCAGACUUGUAGUUCUAUGGAGCCAGAGGUCAUUCACAUUUCAUGACUCUCAGCUUCCUUAAUGUUAGGCAGUAUGCUCUUAUUGACACUGUUUGCCUACCCAGCCUCAUUAUUUUACCUUUAGCUUCCUCCUCCUCCUAGCUUUCAAAUGCAUUUGUGAACCUUAAGAUAAUGGAAAUGAAACAUUAAUGGCAUUUGCCAAGGUAGGUGACAUAAUGUUUUCUGCUUUAUUUGGCUUGCAUCAGUUAAGAAAAAGGGUUGAAAACAUAUUUAUGUAGAUGAACAAAUGAGCACUUGCCACUUGCUUUAUUUGUAAAGAUUACACUUGGGUUAUUUUUACUCUGCUGUGCUAAUAAUAGUCGUGGUUAGCUGACUACUAAAUACACUGGAUGCUUUUUCUAUACUGCUGUAUUGCUUUCUAAGGAAGGGGUGGGACAUUAGCACUUGGUCAGCUUAUUAAUCUUCUCUCCAGUGUGAAGCAUUAUAAAUGGAGGAUUUGCAACAAAUCCAGUUUGAUAAACAGAUGCUUAUCAGUGUUUAUUGGUGUUUACGGUUCAUGUGAAUCUGUAGUGGAAACAAUUCUUUUCCCUAACACAUAUGCAUCUACAGACAUGCACUAGCCCAGUUCGUAAACGGUUAGCAACAUGUAACAGUCAAUUGUUUUUGCUUAGCCUUGUAUUGCUGUAAUCUCAACUUCAGUGUCUUGGUUUUUUCACUUUCUAGUGGCCUUUGUACAUUCUAGAAUUAUGUAAAUGUGUAACUAACUAAAAUGGUGGAGUUCAUUUUUAAAAUACUUUAAAAGGUUUUCUUAGAACUAUGACACAAAGACCUAUUUGUAUAAGGGACUUCCAGCAUAAAAAAUAUUGAUAGUAUCCACCAAAGUAUGUGAUGCCUGCAAAAAGCUUACAUGUAAAAAAAAUUAAAAAUUGCCUUUGAAGGUUGGAGACAAAUUAUGGUCUCCACAUAAAAUUGCUUCUUACAAUGUGUAUGUUUUGUAUUCUUUUUCUAGUAGAGAAAGAAACAACUUGAAAUAUUGGUGUUUUUUUCUUAGUGCUGUGUGUUGCUUUUGUGUGUAAUAAUAUUUGAAUGUAAUUACAGCGGUGCCAAUUUGCCAAAGAUGUCCAAUAUAUUUUCUUUAUCUUUUUGAUUUUAUUUUUAUUUUGCAACUUUUCUUGUCAGUACUGGGAUUUGUGACUUUGUUUUAAAUUAAAUGGUUUAUUGCAAUUUUUUAGGUUAGUUAAUGAAACAUGCAAUAAGACUGGCGUAGUUUCAGUAUAUGUGUGUCUGUUUUUGAGAGUGACUGUCAUUUGUGAAUUAUUGGUUUGUGUAACUUUUAUGUGAAAAUAAUUAUUUGUAAAUAUUUACCAUAAUUUUAUUGGUUCUUAAAAAUAAAAGUAAUUUUUUAAGUUCA